GCUGGGAAAGGCGUUCUGUUCCGUGAGCGGUGGAAGACCGCACCACCGCGGCUCCCUGGUGUCUGCCCUGUGCCCGCUGGGGCGCGGUGCCGGCGCUACAAACUUGGGAGUGGGGAGGAGGGCAGUGGAGUCUGUACAUUUUCCACCCUGGGAUCCCCCAAAUUCUUUCCUUCAUCCUGCAACUCCAGGCCCCGCCCGAGCCGCCCGUUCUACCAGUCCGGGAGGGGCGGGCAGGGGCCGCGGGGCGGGGGGGCGUGGGAGAGGAAGGGCCGCGCUCCCGGGGCGGGCAGAGGCGGGCGCUGAGGCCUCGGGGUGGGGACUGGGUGGGGGGCCCGACGGCUGGGUCUGUACAGAACGGUCCGGACGCGGGCGAGGAGCGAGGCUCCAUCUUCUAGAGGCCUGGGAUUUGGUCAGGCUCUCCUGUGCCCAGCUGCUGUCAGAAUCCAUCCGGGAUCUCAAAGACAACCUCUCCCUAGGACAUCCCUCAGCUUCCUAGUGUGACCUUAGACUUUGUCACUGAUGUCAGUUCUGAACUCUGACUGGCCCCACCAAGGAGAGAGCCUCAGCCCUCAGGAGCCAGGUCCACCGGCCAACUCAGACAGUGACCCAAGCCACUUGCCAGAGAAGUACCCUGAGGGGACUUCUGCUCAGGGUCCUGAAGUUCUGAGCUUGGGGCUCCCUGGCCGGGACACCCACGGGGCCCCCAACUGGCCUGAGCUUCGGAUCCUCCUGCAGCAGCUGCCUCCACAGGACAGUGAUGAGCGCUACUGCCUGGCCCUUGGGGAGGAUGAGCUGGCCGAGCUGCGGCUCUUCUGUGCCCAGCGGAGGCGGGAGGCCCUGGGACAGGGGGUGGCCUGCAGGGUAUCUCCCAAGCUGGCAGAACACACCUGUGAGAAGUGCAGGGAGCAGCUGAGGCCCGGGGAGUACGGAGUGUUCGCAGCUCCGGCAGGAGAGCGGCGCGGCUGGCACCCGGCUUGCUUUGCCUGCCAGGCCUGCGGCCAGGCCCUGAUAAACCUCAUCUACUUCUACCACGACGGGCAUCUCUACUGUGGCCGUCAUCAUGCAGAGCUGCUGCGACCACGCUGCCCAGCUUGUGACCAGCUGAUCUUCUCCCGGCGCUGCACUGAGGCGGAGGGACGGCGCUGGCACGAAAACCACUUCUGCUGCCAGGACUGCGCUGGGCCCUUGGGCGGGGGACGUUAUGCUUUGCCGGGGGGCGGCCCUUGCUGCCCCAGCUGCUUUGAGAGUCGCUAUUCGGAUGCCGGCUGGAGCCAGGCCCUUGCACUGGAAGGGAGGGCCUUGUUAGGGGAAGCGAGACUCGGUAGAGUUGAAGAGGGAGACUGCGCCCCGCUGGACGCCGCUACCAUCUCCCGGGCAGCCCUCCCCGCCGCUGGCUCCGGCUCCAGUCCGGGAACCCAGAGGGGGCUGCUUGGAUCCAGUCCGGAACAGGAGGGUCGAGCUGGGGACGAGGCGGAGGCACCCAAAGGGCGGGAGCGGGGCCGCCUGGAGACGCCCCUCGAUGCCAAGCAGGAUGCCCCCUGCCCCACCUGCUCCUCUUCUUCUGACUCGGAACCCGAAGGCUUUUUCUUAGGCCAGCGCCUUCCCGGUCCCUGGAAGACCCCCGGAAGCCUCCAGGCUGGGGACGGCGACAACUCCAGGAAACACUGCACCAUCUGCUAGUGGCGCAGCCUGGAGAAGGGGGAGGGGAUAUGAUGUUAGGUGGGAGAGCGAGGUUUUCCUCCUCCUAUAAAAAUCCUAGACUGAACGCAAUCUGGGGCACGCCUGGGAGAGGUGGCCGGAUCACAAACUUGGAGUGCUCGCUCUUAAGCCUGCGCAAUCUAUGACUUCUGAUGGAGACGUUCUUGGGGAACCCCA